AUGCCCCCUCUAGAGGACGACCCGAGACCACCAAGUGCUGCUGUGGCCGGGAACCAGUGCGGUGCCCCAAAAGGGAUCAGGGAGAGUGAAAAUGUCAGAGGCGAUAACCCGAGGCCUCGACCGUCUAAGUCCCUCGGGUUGGUGCAAAGGGACGGAGACCUGAAGAAUAAGCUAGAUGCCAGGAAGGCAGGAGCCUCGGAAGGGGUCAGUUCUGCCAUCUCAACGGAGCAGGUAAAGGCCAUCAUAGAGCGCAUGGCGAGCUUAGAAGAAAAGCUCACAGGUUGGCUGAGGAAACUUGUUGCGCUGACCAGAACCUAUGAAGUUGGAUCCAAACCGGAAGAAUCAGAAUACUGCAGGUUCCAUGGGGACGUCGGCCACAACACCAACGACUGCACCAACCUGAAGGAUGAGAUUGAAAGACUAAUCUGCGAGGGAAGGUUGCAAGAGUUCAAAGCUGAUAAGAGAGGUGAUGGCCACAGAAAUGGUGGUCAGCGUUGGGAGGAUAAUAGACGUCGAGAAGACCGUGAGCCAGUCGGUGUCAUAAGGACCACCCAUGGGGGACCAUAUCUUAGGGGGGAUUCAAGGAGAUCCCAAAAGAAUUAUGCCUAUGAGGCGAGACAGGUGUAUCAAGAGAGGUUUUGGAACCUUUCAACGGCCAAACCUACAAAGGUAGCAAAAUUUGGUGGUACUGAAGUGGUAUUCACAGAGGAGGAUGUGACUGGGGUUCAUUUCCCCCACAAUGACGCCUUGGUAGUAGAGGCAAUGGUUGGAAACCACAUCAUAUGCAGGAUCCUCGUGGACAACGGGAGCUCGGUGGACAUCCUAUACUCCGAUUGCCUGGAAAAAAGGGAAUUCUAG